CAUCGUUCCCAAAACGAUCGCUUCCCAAUCCAAGCCACCAAAUCUCGCGCUUCGUUACUCCGCGAACAGAGAGAAGAUCCAUGGCGUCUUCCGUCUCGGCGUGGGCGAAACCGGGCGCGUGGGCGUUGGAUGCUGAGCAGCAGGAGGCUUCAAUGGCCAGGGAGGAUGACGCCGAUGCGUCGCUGCUGCUGCAGCAGCAGCCACCGCAGCAGGAGUUUCCCUCCCUCGCUGCCGCCGCCUCCUCGAAGACCUCCAAGAAGAAGAAGAAGGCGCAGCCCAUCUCCUUUGCGGAGUUUGCUACCGGAAAGCCCGUCACUCGUGGCACUGGUGGCCGCCCUGCAUCCUCCUCUUCGUCCAAGGGCCUCACGCCUGACGAGCUCAUCCUCCUCCCUACCGGCCCGCGCGAGCGCUCCGCCGAGGAACUUGAUCGCUCUUCCUCCCGGGGUUUCGGAUAUUCAUCAUACGGCAGCGGCGGUGCCCGGAGCCGUGCUGUCUCGGGGGAGGAUCCCAACCCCACCCGCUGGGGUUCGUCUAGGGGACCCGAGGAGCCGGGGAGGGGCGGAUUCGGCGGAUCUGGAGGUGGAUCGGACAGGGAUCUGGGGCCGUCGCGUGCUGACGAGAUCGAUGACUGGGGAGCGGCAAAGAAAUCCGUAGUGCCCGAGAGGAGGGAGAGGGGUGGUCCGGGGGGUUUCUUUGACUCGCAGUCCAGGGCGGACGAUUCAGAUAGCUGGAUCUCGAGCAAGAGCGUUGCACCUCCGGUGGAGGCUCGGAGGAUUGGCAGCCGCGGCGGAUUUGAUGCGCCCAGAGAGAGGAGGGGUGGUUUUGACAUGCUCAACAAGGAGGGAUCUGUUGGUGCUGGAGCCGAUUCCGAAACAUGGGGCAGGAAGAAGGAUUUCGUCAUGGAUCCAGGUACAUGGAAUAGGGAAACUGAAAGAAGCAGUGGGGAAAGGCGUAGGCUUGUGCUGCAGCCCCGUUCAUCGCCGCUGCCCGAUGGAAACACGGAACAACAAGUUCAAGGGGAGCAGGAUAAACGGCCAAUGGAAAAGAGGGGCAAGGGUUCCAACCCCUUUGGAGAAGCUCGCCCACGAGAAGAAGUGUUAGCUGAGAAGGGACAGGAUUGGAAGAAGAUUGAAGAGCAACUGGAGACCAUGAAGAUCCGGGAUGUUCCCUCUGAAAGUUCUUCAAUUGGAAGAAAGGGAUUUGGAGCAACAAAUGAGACUCAACGAUCGCCAGAGAGCCGCUCAGAUAGGGCAUGGAGGAAACCGGAUGCAGCUGAUUCUUCUCCUGCAAGGGAAGACAAGGCGGAUAACAGUGACAAUUGAAAACUGUAUUUCACACAUUGGCUUUGCGAGGUUAGAAUCAUACGAGGGGCUAUCUCAUUUUUGGUCUUUGAAAAAGAACCGUGGUUGAAAGUGUCACAAGGAAAAGUUUUUUUUUCCUUUUCUAGUUGAGUUUCUUAGUACUUUAUUGAUUGUAACGGAGUAAUCAUUGACAACAUACACCAACAUUUUCUGUUUCCGAAUGUUCUCUAGACUCUCCAUGUUUAGGAGAAAUUUUGCUUUCUAUUUAUUGCUAUUAUGUCGACAUAAUUUUGUCAAUGCCAUCUUUGUUUAAUUCUGAAUUGUA